CGUGAGUUCUUCCUGUUUUGGAAAUCUCUAGGAAGCAUCGACAGUGGGGAAAGUGGCAUGCUGGGUGGAUCUAAUAACUGGUGCUACUGGGAACUGAGGAUCCAUGUUGGCUAAGCAUUGUGCUGUACUUAAAAGCCUUUACACACUGCUGAGCAUCAUGGCCCAUGUGGCUGGACAGGAAGACAGAGAGAAAACCACCGCACUCAAAGAUCUGCUCUCCAGAAUAGACCUGGACGAGCUGAUGAAGAAAGACGAGCCGCCCCUCACCUUCCCCGCCACUCUGGAGGAGUUUGAGUACGCCUUCAACCAAAAAGGCCAGCUCAGACACAUAAAGACAGGGGAAGCCUUCGUGUUCAACGCCAAGGAGGACCUACACCGCUGGAACCAGAAACGCUACGAAGCUCUCGGAGAGAUCCUCACGCAGUAUGUUUACGAGCUGUUGGAAAAAGAGUGCAGCCUGACUAAAGCAAUUGUGCCAGUGGACGCGGUGGACGAAGAGGCCAGCAGCUUCAUCUUCCACAGCGCCGACGCGCUGACCAACCCGGCCAGGCUGCUGGUGCUGAUCCAGGGCAGCGGCGUGGUGCGGGCCGGCCAGUGGGCCCGCAGACUCAUCAUCAACCAGGACCUGGACUCUGGGACGCAGAUCCCCUUCAUCACCAGAGCCAUGCAGGCUUUGGGUCGGUGGGUCUCCGGGGGGCCUACUGAGGACCCUGAAGGGGCGCAGUCACGAGACAAGAGGAAAGAGACUCAGGUGACUAGGAGCCAGUGA